AUGAAGACCAACAUUUUGCCUUACUUUGCAAUGGUGUUUGCUCAGUUUCUUUUUGCAGGAGCAAGUAUCACAAUUAAAAUUGGAUUUGCUAAUGGACUUCAUCAGCUUGUGUAUGUGGUGUAUCGCCAUUUAGUUAGUAUGAUUCUCUUUUGUCCUUUUGCAUACGUUUUUGAAAGGAAAGAACGACCAGCCCUCACGUUUGGAGUGAUAUUCAAGAUUUUUGGUCUGUCAUCACUUGGUGCGACAAUCCAUCUUAAUGCUUUGUGUUAUGGUUUAACUUACACAUCUCCAACGGUGGCGAGUGCUUUGGAUUGUCUCACCCCAAGCUUAACCUUCCUCAUGGCGUUUAUCCUAAGAAUGGAGAAAGUGAAAUUUACAAGUUCCAAAGGACAAGCCAAAGUUUUGGGGACUCUUAUAAGCAUAACGGGAACACUUGUCUUUACUUUUUGGAGAGGAUUCCAAGUCAAAGAGAUUUUAAAGAAGCCACUAAUUGACAUUUAUGACUCUAAUGGUUUCUCUGGUCAUGUUAAACAAAAUUGGGUCAAAGGAGCAACCUUAAUAUCCACUAGCAAAGUGGCAUGGAGCUUGUGGCUCAUCUUUCAGGGAUUGAUACACAAGGCAUAUCCGGCUCCGUUUUCUAUAAACACCAUGAUUUGCCUCUUUGCAAUAUUGCAAUCUUCUUUCCUUGCUAUAUUUUUCGCUAGAGAUGCCACUUUGUGGAAGCUCGAGUGGGAUGUAAAUAUAUUGACAAUUAUAUAUGGGGGGUUUGUGGUAUCAGGAUUAACAGGCUACCUAGUCUUAUGGUCAAUAAGCAAGAGGGGCCCGGUGUUUGCGGCCAUGUUCACGCCAUUACAGCUUCCAAUCGUCGGAAUCUUUUCAGCCAUUGUCUUUAACGAAAGACUUCAUAUAGGAAGCAUUAUAGGAGCAUUGAUCAUUAUUUUUGGACUUUAUUGCGUACUUUGGGGAAAAAGUGAAGACAAGUUUUUCGAAUUAGACAAGCAGAUUGAGAAUGAGGAUAAAACUUCAGAAAUUGGUACCAAUAACGAUAAUGAUUCGCCGAAACACUUAAAUAAAAUGGAACCUUAA